CGCGCAUGCGCGCGAGCACCCGCACGCACACGCUGUUUUGCAGGUCCUGGGCUCUGCCCCGACGAUGGCGGAGCUGGGUGAGGCGGACGAAGCGGAGCUGCAGCGCUUGGUGGCGGCCGAACAGCAGAAGGCACAGUUCACUGCUCAGGUGCAUCACUUCAUGGAGCUAUGUUGGGAUAAAUGUGUGGAAAAGCCAGGAAAUCGCCUAGACUCUCGCACUGAAAACUGUCUCUCUAGCUGUGUGGACCGUUUCAUUGACACAACUCUUGCCAUCACCAAUCGAUUUGCCCAGAUUGUACAGAAAGGAGGGCAGUAGACCAUCUCCUGAGAGAAUGACAGAAGCAGCAAAGGACUUGCUAUUAAACAAACUGAAGGGUCACUGGGGGAACAGUUGUCAACCCAUGGUCAGGUUAGCAUCAGCUGAUGCUAGCAGUAACAUCACAUGUUUAGAAUGUGAAUUUUAUUUGGAAUUACCAAUUCCAGGUUAUAUCACAUCAGUUAGUCAAUAAAUGUGAAUGCUCUAGCA